CUGACUUGCGUCACCAUGGCAGUCUCUCGCAGUCGUGAGGAGAGGUACUCAAGAAGGAGAAACAGAAUGGCGACAACAGAAAUGGCACCAAUCGCCAGAAUCCGAGAGACAGAUGUUGAAGAUAUGGGAAAUGGCAGUAACAACCCAAAUCAUGGAAUUGACGAUGGCCUUGGAGGAGGCUUUGAUGGCGACCACAACCCAGGUCCCAGAAAUGGCUCUGGUCCCACUCCCGGCCGGGGCCGAGGUGGAUAUGCACCGGUACCAACAGACCCUGUCAAGCCUGGAAGGAAACCAGUGGAUGUGAACAUGUAUGCAACCAAGAAGACAGUUGCACAGGGCAUGAUGGACCUGGCACUACUCACAGCAAACGCCAAUCAGCUACGUUACGUGCUGGAAGCAGGGGAGAUUGGGAGAAAGGGCACCUACUACUAUGUCAAUAUUGUCCUAAUCUCCAUGAGUAUCAUUUUCCAGGUGAUGAUUGGCAUAACACUGAUAUUCAUCGGACGCUAUAACGUGAGGGAUGAGAACCAUGCCCAAAAAGCAGACAGGCUUAACAACUGGGUUGUCCUUGGUGUGUUCCUUAUUACCACUGUCAAUGUUUUUAUUUCCUCUUUUGCAAUAGAGCCACUAGAAGGAGUAGACCCAGUCUUGCUGCAAGCCAUAUCAGCUGAAAAAACUGUUGAAGCGAUUUAAAAAGGACCUAUCCAUGUACCAGUGCAUGUGAAAUUUAUUGGGUAAGGAUGCUUUUUCCCGAGGCUGAAAUCACAUUGAAUUAAGUUAUCAGUUGGACCAUUUGUCAUUACAAAGUUCAGGUUUAUCUGACAGGAGGUAACUGCUUACAGAUUUUAUUUUUCUAGAAGAAAAUAGUUCACUAUUUCAAAGUUUUGCAUACACUACUAUGCAGUUAUUUUGCACCUACUUAUGCACAUGCAAAUAUGUAUACACAUUUUUCUGCAGAAAAGACAAAGCAUUAUAUUUAUUGUACAAUUUUGAACAAAGUUUAUACUUGCAUUUUAAUCGUGUAACAUAGCCUUUUAUAUAUAACAGUCUUAAGGGAUGGCAGACUGAGGUAGACAGUCAAAAUGUAGUCCAAAGUGUUUUUUUUUUUUUCUUCUUCUUCUUCUUCUUCUUCUUCUUCCUGUACAAGAGGGACUAUCAGAAUAUAUGAAAAACUGUCUACAAAACAAAAUCUACCAAUAUCCUCUGAGUGCCAUCUGCUAUUUGUGUGUUAUGGUUCUGCUUCCACUGAGCACUGAUGGUUGGUGUGACUCCAGGCCAGACUUUGUUUUCAAAGGCCUAGAAAACUAAUUAAUUCCUAUUUGACAUUUUUGUACACAAGUUUUGACUGUAGUCGAGCAUUAUGCUUUGGGAACAAAUAUAAUAGUUAAAGGGUUAAAAAAACACUGGUAUAGCUUUACUCAGAAAUGGGGAACUGUUUUAUUUUUUAAAUGUAAGCAUUUUUAUUAAAAGUGAAAAUAUUUUUUAGAAAUAUUUACAUUGAUUUUUAUUUACAGUGAAAAGAAUGAAAGAAAAGAGAUGAAUAUUCAAAAUGGUUGCAUUUUUUAUUAUAGGUAAAGGAAAACAGAAAUUGGUGAUGAUAUAGACUCAUUUCAAUGUUUUGUUGCUUCAAUUUAACAUUUAUAUGGUGUUAUAAAAUAGUAUAGGAGAGAAUUUGAUUAAAGUUUAACUUGUUGCAACUGACCAGUUGCUAGGUAUAGAUAUUAUGUAAUACCUUUUUUCUUUCUUUCUUUCCUCCUCCUUUUUAUCUUUCUUUCUUUCUUUCUUUCCUCCAUCUUCUUUUUAUCUUUCUUUCUUUCUUUCCUCCAUCUUCUUUUUAUCUUUCUUUCAUUCCUCCAUCUUCUUUUUAUCUUUCUUUCUUUCAUUCUUUCUGUUUUACUUUCUUUUUGGGGUAAUAUUCACUUUGUGCACUUCCUUCAGAAAUAAUCUCAUUCAAGAGCUUGAGAAUGUGCAUGUGGCAUUAAGGAAGGAGGGUAUGAAAUCUCAAAGUGUAUUUGGACAGCUUGUUCAAUGCUACAUUUAUUUACAAAGACUAAGAAUAAAUGAUCUUUAGAGAACCAUUUUUAUGCAAGACUAUUUACUUUGUGUUCAUUUUUAUUUUUAAAAAUCCACAAGGAACUAAUUGUAGAUUGUGCAAGUUCUUUAGAACUAUUUAACUGUGAUUUUGAAUUUUAGGUAAAAUUUAUGGAUGGAGCAACUAACCUAAGCAAAUUGAAUAUUUUUAUCUAUUAUGGUAGUUGAGUACCAGAGAUUGGGGUGUUUCGAUUUUCAUAACUCUUUAGCACAUGGAUAGAUGUUGACUGGGAUCAUUGCCUAUUUAUAAUAUUUAAAUAGAUCUGAUGUCUUAAUUGAUUUCUUUGAAAAACAGAGCCCAUGGCUAGUCCUUGCUCAGCUUCUUCCAGAAAUGGAUAGUUAGUGUUUCAUUAUUAAUAAACUCUCAUCACAAAUCUUUAAUUUUUAAUGAUAUAAGAGCAUCAAAUGUUCGUAGAUAAUUGUUUACCUACACUUUAGUAUUUACAUAUAAUUUGUCAUAUAUAUUUUAACCAAUGGAUCACCGCCAUUGUUGUGUUUUGUGGAUUUUAUUUCACACAGAUGGCUUUACAAGUGUUAAACCACAAGAUGUAAGUUAGUAGGCCCUAGUAUCCAAUUUUCAGAUUCAUUUAUUUAUUUAUUUUUAUUAUUUUUUUCAGAUGUCAUUAAUAUUGAUACUGUUAUUAUCACUGACAUUAAUAUUACUAUGAUAUUAAAAUGUUAAUAGCAAUAAAAAAAUCCAAAAUUCAUGAGACAGGGCAAACACGUGAAAUAGAUAGAUCUAAUAGUUGUCUCCUUGUUAACUAAGCACUUGUGGAACCAUCUUUGUGUAAACACAAUUAAUUAAUCAAAAUUAUAGUGGACAUGGCAUGUGCAUGCCAUGCCAUCUGUGACCAGUGGGUUAAUAUUAUAUUGUUAUGAAAGUGCUUUGUAUUUUAUAUGAUGUAAAAGAAGAAAAAAUAGACAUGAUGGAAGUAAUAUCAUACAUUUGUGCAUACUAUACUUAAUGUAUUUCAUGCACACACAUAUGGUAUAUCAUACUCUACUUUGUAGGGAUAGUAAAGUGGUUUCCAGAUAAAAAUAAUGGAAAUCAUAUAUGAAUAUUCAUAAUGUUGAUAAAAAGUCAAGUUUGUGCCAUUUAUUUAUUUUUUAUUUAUUUAUUUAUUUAUUUUUUUUUUUUUUUUUUUUUUUUUUUUUUUUUUUUGGGGGGGGUAAUUGUUCUUGCAUAUGGUCAAUUUAUUAUAUAUAUAUACAUAUAUAGAUUACAUAUGCCACAUUUUCAGUAAGGAUGUUUCAGCACAGGUCAAACAUCGUUCAUCCUUCAUAUAAUUUAGGAUGUUUAAUAUUUGUGCAAUAAUGAAGAAGGCCAUAAUACUAGCUCAUAUUUAUGAUUCAUAUGCUCAUAUAUAUCUUGACUUAAAUUUCAUCUUAGGCAACAGUGUCCGUCCUAAUAUAGAAACAACUUGCUCAGAAACAACUUAUUAUAAUAAACAAGGAUUUUAGAUAAGUAGUAAAGAUUUAUAUAGCUUACCAGGAUAAUUUCACAAACAUCCUGCAGCUUUGCCAUAUUUUUAUUUUUCAUCAGUUUUAUUUUCAUGAAUUAUUAAAUAUAAUCACAACUCCAAACAAGAUUCUGGCUUAACUCUGCAAACAAGCUGAUAAUGCCUUCAAACUAAUUAUCUCUGAUACAUACACCUUUAUUGGGGGUUAUGUGGUGCUGCAUUUGUUGAGGAUGUAAUCAAGGCCUCUAGUUUCAUUUUAUGCUCUUAAACAGAAAUAGUUAUGAUCAAAACAAAUGAGAAUGUACAAAUUUAUUUCAUAUAUUUGAUAGAACUAGGAGUAUUUACUUCACCUAGUAACAAUAGUGGUAAUAUCAGAUUUUUCAUAGAUUAAGUAAUACUGAAUUUCUUUUAUAGCAACAGCAAAAAUAGUAUAAAGUGGGAGAUUUAGAUACAGUAGGAGACAAGUGCCUUAUCAGGACAAGCAGUAAAAUCUAUUCACUGAAGUCAAGUGAACAAAAAGUGCCUGUAAUGAGCUGAACAUUUUUUGUAACCCUUAGAUGGAUAUUGCAAUAGUGCAUCCUUCCUAAACAAUGUGUGGUUUAUUUUUAGCUUGCUUACUUUCCGAAGAGUGUCUUUCAAGAUGAAAAGAAGUGAUGAUAAUAUUAUUGUAUUUGUAUAUUGUUAUUAUUUCUUAAUUUUUUUCUUUUAAUGUAUUAAAAGUCUUCCUUUUGAUAUUAUAUAUGUAAAUUUAGAAUCUAUAUAUAUCAGUAAUUAAGUUGUGUUUAAGUAAGUAUUUAUUAUUACAUUCAUUCACUUUCCUUUGUUAUUUUUCUAUCUAUCUCACGAUCCUUCUCUCCCACCCAACAUGUAUACAUAUAUACACAUAUAUCAGUAUGCAGAUACACCUACAUUCUUACCUUUAUACAUUCAUAUGAAAUCAUAUUACAUGCACAUAAACAGAAAUUCAUAACAGCCCACCUGCCCAUUGAUGCAUAUACCUACCCACCUAUACGUCGACCCCAUUAAUUACCAUCCCCUCACCUACUCACCUACAUACAGAACUAUUUAUCAAUGCAUCUGUCUCCAGGCAACUUACCUGCAUACCAAUACAUCCACCUGCUUAACCAUUUGUCUACCCAUCGACCCACUACCUACAAGCCACUUACUUCCCUACUGACCCAUUUGCUUACUGUCUGACUCCCUACCUAGCAACAUACCCACCAACUAACCUACCUUUCCGCCUACAUACAUACUUACAUAUAUGCAUACAUAUAUACAAAUAUCCCUACAUAUACAUACAAAUAUACAGACAUACAUACAUGCCCACCCAAACCUAUCUACUUAACGACUAUUUACAACCCCACCCACCCAACUAUGCGCCUAUCUACUUACUAAACUCUCUGUGUAUCUACGUACUUACCCACCUAUCUAUCCCUUUUUCCCUUUUCCUUUGAAUCCAACUCUCUUUUCCUUCUCCACCAACAUACAUUUUGCCUAUUUCUCAUGAUGGAGAUCGUGCUAAUUUCUCAUCUCUGGUUGUAUGAAAAAACAUUUCUAAUGCUAUUUAUUUUGUGCUCCAGUGCUAUGUAUUUGUUUGAUUGUUGUUUUAUCAAAAUUGUAUUCAUUCAUUGUAUUCUCAUAUAACUUUAUAUGUAUACUAAUCAUUAUACAAUUAUAAUAAUAUUUGGAGAUCUGUUUAAAAUGUUCUUGUAGUCUUCAGUGUAAAAUUAAUGUUUUAUAUUGUUGCACUACAUGUAUUUACAACAGCAAUAAAAUGCUAUCUUUUC